UUUUCCGAAGACGAGUUUUUACCAUUGAAGCCGGGAGGCAGCCAUGGGAGAGAAGAGAGACCAAGUGUGUUUUCAAAUGAAUCCGCACGAGAGAGACGACAGAGAAAUAGGCCCUUGAGAGAGAGAGAGAGAGAGAGAGAGAGAGAGCGCAAAUGAGUGGGAGAGAGAGAGAAAGCUACUUUAAAAAUGAACAGGGAUUCCGGGUGGGGAGACUACUAAGAUCUAAGAUAGAACACAGUCGGACCUCGAACGAAUUGGCAAGUUAGAGAGAGAGAGAGAGAGAGAGAGAGAGAGAAAUAAUGGAAAUUUGAGAAGGAAGUAUGUUCUUUUUUUUUGAGACUGAUCAGUUUCCAAAUCGGAAAUGGUAAUGGUGAGACUUCCUCCUAUCUCGAAACUCUUGAAUAUCUAUCGAAACGCCAUUGCCAAGCCUCGAGCUCUUGUGGUCACAGUAAGGAGCAAUAACCAGUGUCAUGAGAAGGAAGAAGGAGAAGCCUCAAAAUCGAGCUUUUCGGAGGGACAGGAGAAAGCCAACGAAGAGGCCGAGCUCUCAGAGGUAGCAGAAAAGGUAUGCCAAAGGCUUCGAACUCAUCGUCUCUGGGAAAAAUCCUUAGUUUCUGAUUUUUCACCCUAUAUCUUUGAAACCACCUGUAUUCAUAAGGUCCUGAGAAAUCAAAACAAUCCUUUUCUCUCUUUUCGAUUUUUUAGUUGGCUCUGUUUACAAGAAGGAUUCAAGCCUGAUACCCAAUCUUGUGAUACGAUUUUUGGUGUUCUUGUGAAUGCCAAGGCAUGGAAAGCUGCUAUUACUGUGCUAAAUUUAGUGGAUUUCAGACCUCAGCCUUCAGUUUUGGAGGCAAUGGUGGCUGGCUUUUGUAGAGAUAGAACGAUUUUUUCUCAUGAUUUCUUGAAACCCAACUGCGUUCACAAGGUCUUGGGCAUAUUAGAUGAUACCAUUCUGUCUUUUCGAUUCUUCAAAAGGCUUUGUUACCUUGAAGGAUACAAGCCUGAUGACGAAUCCUGCAACAUGGUUCUUGAAACUUUGGUGAGUGCAGAGGAGUACAAAACCGCCAAGACUGUGCUAAGUUUAGCUGAAUUUAGGCCUCAGCCUCAACUUUUGGAGGCGCUGAUACUUGGGUUCUCUAGAACGACAAAAAUUUCCGAGGCUUUUGGUGUGUUCUUAGAGAUGAAACGACAUGGGUUUUCUCCCUCUCUUCUUGUUUGGAAUUCCAUGUUAUUGGGUUUUCUCAGAGACCUUAGAACCGAUCGGUUAUGGGAGAUUUAUGGGGAGAUGAUGGAGUCUGGAGUCGCAGGUGAUGCAACCACAUACGGGUACCUUAUUCGAGCAUUUUGCCAAGAGAAGAAGUGGGAUGAAGCCUACAACCUUCUUCAAGAAGCUGUAAGCAAUGGGUUUGUGCCUGAUGUUGUUACCUUCACAAAACUAGUUUGCAGAUUUAGCGGAGAAAAUUCCUAUGACAAAGUCUCAGAGCUUCUCCAUUUGAUGAUAGCGAGGAACUGUCCGCCUGAUAUACUCACAUUUCAGGAGAUCAUCCGUGGCCUGUGUAAGACUGGCAUGAUUGGCGAGGGGCUUCGCAUAUUCAAUGAAUUGAAGGCUCGUGGCUAUUUCCUUGACGUGAUCGCUUACACUACGAUCAUGGAUGGGCUCUGCAAAAAUCAAAGAAUCAUGGAGGCGAAGAAGCUCUGGUCUGAAAUGGUGGAGAAGGGGAUUGUUCCUAACAAAUACACAUAUACUGUGAUGAUUCAUGCGUAUUCUCAGAUGGGUGACUUUGAGGAGGCGGCUAAAUUGUUUGCUGAGAUGGAAAGGAGAGGCCACGAGACCGGCUUGGUGACUUACAGUGCGAUGAUCUCGGGCCUGUGUAUGCAUGGAAGGAGUAAAGAAGCAAAGGACUUGUUGGAAGAGAUGUUAGAGAAAUCUAUUGUUUUGGAUACAAUCAUAUUCAAUACACUGAUUCAGGGGUUUUGCAAGGAAGGGAACAUAACUGAGGCUAUGAGCCUUUUCACCAAUCUCUUAGAGAGGGGUUUGCAGCCUAUCAGUGCCUCUUACACUCCACUGAUUCAGGUCCUCUCUAAUGAAGGAAGGAUGGAUGAAGCAAUGGAGUUGUUUCAUGAUAUGGAGAGUAGGGGUCUGGUUCCAAUGAUCUGGUCUCAUGAUGAUAUUGUUAAAGGAUACUGUGACCAGGGAAACUGUGUCGAGGCCAUGGCCAUGCUGGAAAAGAUGUUAGCAGGUAAAAUGAGACCUCGAGAAUAUACUUUCAAUAGAGUGAUUGAAUGCCUUAGUCUGACAGAUGAGGUGGAUGAUGCUUUAUUAGUUUUGAAUUUAAUGUUUGAGAUGGGAUUCAGACUUCAACUGCCCGUUUCUAAUUCUCUUGUCAGUCGUCUUUGCCAAAAUACUGCAAAUGAUGCGGAAACAAGUUUAGAGGAAAUCAUGGGAAGUUGAGUCUACGUUGAAUUAUCUUCACCGAGGUUCCCCUGCUAUACAACCUCGAGGAAUGUUUAAGAUUAUGUGUUAUUCUAACCUCACAGACAUUGAAAUACCUGCCUUUGCAACGGGUGCAUAUUAUCUCAUGAUAGUGGGGCUUUAUUCGAACUUUGAAUGAACAAGUAAAGGCCUGGAAAAUGUGAAUUAUUGCAGAGGUCCAGGAAUCAAAACUCUGCGCUGUCCAUUGUGUGAACACAGUUUUACGGGGCCCCUUCUCCUCGGAGAUCGAUUUGGCCGUCCUCACCUCUGAUCUCGACCAUCGAGAGCGCCAGAUGAUUCAAGAAGGCAUCAGAUAAUUCUUGAAGGUGGAACAUCAACAGUUGAUUUCAUGUGUUUCGAUGGAGAAGAAUACAUAAUGUUUCCAUGGAUGGUGAUUUCAGCAUACAGAUUCUUCUAACACACAUUUCGGACAAGGCCAAAGAGGUGACCUGUUCAAUCAGUUUCCUUAACUGGCUAAACAGUUAGCAAGUUCUAGGUCACCGGACUCAAAUUUGUUGUGGGGAAGGCACUGCAUAUGAAAAUUUUAUAUGCAUUAUCUACAUAAAGUAUGAUCUCUUAUUUCUGUCAUAGAAUUUGUAAUUUUGGAUGCUAUGUUCUUAUUUAUUUACUUAGUUUUCAACAGCAUUCCGUGACUUGACUGACUCCACUUGGAGAUGGGCAAGUUGUUCGGACUCGUCCUGUGGGUGAGGCCAAGUAGGGGCGAGUUCCACGGCAACUAAUGCUACCUUUAUUAAGGAUGGAAAGAAUAUAAAAAAUAGAAAAAUGUAAAAAAUUUAGAAAACACCAUUAAAUU